AUGUGCCGGGGGCAACCAUCCGGGUUAUAUGCGUUGUCCGUGAUUAUAAUUAUCCGCUUCUUAUAACGCCACGUGUUUGAAAGUCAACAUCACCAGAAAAGUUGACUGAAAUUCAACUCAAAACGAGACGACCGUUCCAAUUUUCCGUCCGUUACUAAACAAACCAACCCACCAACCAUCUCCCUUGUUUGUUACUACUGACGCGUCGCUUUCUUUCUUGCUUAACAACUCCUCCAAUUCUGUUGUGAAAAAGCCCUAGAUCUGUCCUUGUACGGUCUAUGGAAGUCGUUGUUUCAGCGACCGUAGAGGACAGGAUCAACUUAUCUCGAGAUAUGGACCCAUCUCCCUCUCGAUGCGCCUCUGAUUUAGCCUCUGAAUCACCUCCAUGCACGGUGGACUCACCUGAUCGCGACGAUCAGUUUAGUUCCUCGCCGAACCCUAAUAAAGUCUCUGAAUCUCAGUCUUCAGUGUCAUUGAGAAGCGAAGAGUACCGGCAAUUGUUUCGACUUCCAUCUGAUGAGGUUCUUGUUCAAGAUUUCAAUUGUGCAUUCCAAGAGAGCAUUCUUCUUCAGGGGCAUAUGUACCUGUUUGUCCAUUAUAUUUGCUUUUAUUCCAAUAUAUUUGGAUUUGAGACAAAGAAAAUUAUCCCAUUCAAUGAAAUUACAAUUGUAAGACAAGCAAAGACAGCUGGGAUCUUUCCUAACGCAAUAGAAAUUUUUGCUGGGGGGAGAAAGUACUUCUUUGCAUCGUUUUUGUCACGGGAUGAAGCAUUCAAGCUCAUUAAUGAUUUACGGUUGCAGCAUGGUAAUGGUUCUCAAGCAAUCUCUGAACAGCAGGAUUCAUCAUCUGAGACUAGCAGCCCUGAUAAUGGGCCUGUUGUAAUUGAGAAGGUCAAUGACACUAACCAUUAUAUUGAUAAGCAGAAUUCUAUCAGAAGGGAUAAGGAUGUUUCAGAUGAUUCCAAGCAAACAUUUAAUGUUGAAAAUGAUCUGUCAACACCAAUGGAAAUACAAGAUGACAAUGAGGAACAUGAUGCCGAACAAGUUGUAAAUGUUGACCCUUCAUCUUCAGCAAAGACUUUGUCUUGGAAGAUAGAGAAUUAUGAUGCGCCUAAGAUGCCAGAAUGUUUUACCAAGGUUGCUGAAACCAAGUUUCUGAUGAAGGUAGAGGAGUUCUUUCAUUUGUUCUUUUCGGAUGAUGCUGCUAAAUUUACCGAAUCUUUUCAUAGGAAAUGUGGUGAUAAAGAAUUUAGGUGCACUUCAUGGAAACCACAUGAUGAAUUUGGUCAUGCUCGUGAUGUUUCAUUUCAACAUCCAAUAAAAAUAUACUUUGGUGCUAAGUUUGGCAGCUGCCAGGAGAUUCAGAAAUUUCGUGUUUACAAAAACAGUCACUUGGUUAUUGAGACAUCACAAGAAAUCAAUGAUGUACCUUAUGGAGAUUAUUUUUGCGUACAGGGGCUAUGGGAUGUAGAAAAAUAUGACAAUGAAUCGAAAGAAGGCUGCAUUUUGCGGGUUUAUGUAAAUGUGGCAUUUUCAAAGAAAACUGUCUGGAAAGGAAAAAUAGUGCAGUCUACUCUGGAAGAAUGUCAAGAAGCUUAUGAAAUGUGGAUUGGCAUGGCACAUGACUUGCUGAAGCAGAAGAACCUUGAAAAACGAGAAGAGAGUGGUCCUACCGCUAGCAGCAUGCAGAAUGGUGAUGUCCAUACUGAAAGGGAAGUGAAAACUGGGGAAUCCUCAGAAAGGUUAAGCGAUAUUGAUGACCAACUACAGACAGUGCCAGAGUCACAUUCCGUAGAUACUAACCAACAAGUUGGCAAUCUCUUGCAAGGAAGCUUGAUUGGUGCUACUACCUUUAUAUCUUUGUUAAGAGAAUCAGUGAUGACAUUCUGUUCAUAUCUGAAAAGUCAAAACCAUGUAUCAUUGAUCUUGGUCAUUGCUUUUGCCGUGAUCAUCCUGAUGCAGGUGAGCAUACUUGUGCUAUUAAAUAGACCCCAACACAUUCAUGUGGCAUCUCCAUCUGAAUAUAUGGUUGCUAUGGGUGGUGGGAUUGGAGAAAGGUCAGCUGAAACCAUGGCUUGGUUGGAAAAACGGAUGCACUAUCUCAAGGACGAGAUGCGUAUAGUUGAGGCUUGGCUGGAGAGGAUGCAGCGUGAAUAUGUAUUUUUGAAAGCUCAGUUUAAAGAUCUUGAGCAUCUUCGGAAUAAUUGGUAAUUGUUUCUUUCUUUAAAAGAGGGGAAAAAAGAAGGAAAAGUUGUCCAUUGUAUAUUUUUGCAGUUUUAUACCGUAAAUAUAUAUAUAUAUAUAUAUAUUUUAAAAAUUUUUAUUUUUGUAAAAGAUCAAUGAAACUCUAAUCCAUAAAGGAAAGCUCAAUACCAUCUAACGACAUGUAUUAUUGUUGAAAA